AUUAAAUGUACUUUUCUUUGGUAGACAUUGCAUGCUCCUAUUAAGAAGAAGGAAAUCUGCAGGACGAGAUAAGAACUAAAUUGCUUUCUUCUUCUCUGAUAUUUUCAAGCCUUCCUGGGUUUGGCAUUUCAAAUCAAACAUAUGGGCAAAAGGAAGUUACGAUUUGCGGCUUGAGGGUUGAUACUGCAGUGAUCAUAAUAAGCUACAAUUAUGAGUGAAAAGUGUGCCUUUAUUCACUUUCAGACUUUUGAAUCGUGAUAUGAUAACAAGGCAAUGAUCUCAUUCUCGUCUCCUCGUCCUUCAUGAUCUUCCAAUGACUCUCGUCCUCAAUGUCUGCUGCAUGCAUGAAGUACAGGAAACAUCGCUUUUUGUUUCAUAUGCUGUAUGUCGUUCUCACAUUUCCUUUAGAGGACGGAGAGAUGUUCACAUCAUGGCCUUUCUCUUAUAAGACCACUGCUAAUCUACUCCGGUGCUUUACUGAAUGGCAUUCAUUUCUAGACAUGUGUCAUCAUCAUUCCCUUGCAAUUACUCCCAGAUGGUCCUAACAGACCAGCAAUAUGCUUGGGUUGCGUUAUUGAGGCUAGUUCCAUCUUCACUCUUUGGGCUCAUGCAAGUACGUUUUGAUGGGUUCUUCCCAUCGUUCUGAUAUAUUAGAUUGUUUUACAUUGGGAUGCGUAUCCCAAUGGUGUCUCUCGAAUCAAGUUAUAGGUUAUAAAUGUAUAUCACAUCAUACCACCCAUAAAUAAAAAUAACUGCACUGAACCGGAUAAAAUUAAAAUGGAUAACAUCCUCAUGAACAAACAAAUUUUUUCUUGCUGCCUGGAACGAGAACAAGUGUGUACAAUCUAUAUUUUUGGCGUUGAUUUAGGUUAAGAAGACAUACAUGAUUGAAUUGUGAAACGUAUCAAUACAGUGGAGGGGAAGUCGCCACUGUGAUUUCCCCUGAAGGUGAAUCGCCCUCAUUUCCCUUUUCCUUAAUCAUCACUUACCUUUAUAGCCAGAUUAUCAAGCAAUCAACAGUACGUCUCAAAGGCUUGAUGAAGUCUUCGCAAGUGGAGAAUCUGCAGUCUCUCAACAUGGUACAACGAUACUGAAGCAUCCUCAGGAGUUGACCCGAAAUCGACUGAUCCUCAUCAGGUGUGACUUUUGAGUCCGGACGCUGCGAGCAUUCUAAAAGACGCUCCAGCAGAACAAAGGGUCAACCACACGAUAUAAUGCAGAAUGUUCGAGGUCAAGACAACUUUUGUUGGAACACUCAUGUGUUGCCCGCUUGCUUUGAUCCUUCUAUGUCUCCUUUCAUUUAAGCUUGUAUUUCUUUCGUUAAUUGCUUUGCUAUUGGUUCCGUGACUUCGCCAGCAUAGAUAAGUGACAUCUUCUGCGGUAGCUAAUGUAGCAACAAAUGAUGGGAAGACCCCAUUAACUAGUACAAGAAUGAAAAUUAAGGGAUUAUGCUGGUGCAGACCCACUAGUAUCAAAAUGGGCAUAUAUCUACCACUCCGGGUAACAUAAGGGGAGAGCGGCGCGCACCUUAGCCAUAAGGUAUCCAGACAACGCAAGGAGAUAGUAAUGCUUCCUCCUGCCGUUAAUUGCAAGAGACAGAAGCUCGAAGGCCGAAGACAUUCCCCAACCGAACAACCUGGUUGAGUGAAACCUAUCGGGCACUUCGGGCACAUCGGGCACUUCUACUUUUCCCACACGAGCCUCUCCAGUCCAGUACUUUUCUACUGGCAGGUGGAGGAUCUACAGGUCUAGCAAGAGCUUGCUACAGUGGAAAUGGAUGGAUAGCUACUGUAGUACAUUGCAGUGUAGCAUCACGAUGUGCCUCCUCUAGUUGGAUAUCAUUUAUAUCCAGGAUUUGUCCCCUUGCGGAUUUCUAUCUAUAUGACCCUCGUUCCUCAUGCUGACGUUUAUCUUCAUUUGCCAUACUCUUGCUGUUUAUACAACUCUGUUUCUUUCCAUUUGACUAUGGAUGAGAACUUUUCGCAGAACUCCUCUUAGAUAAUAUAAAUUGCUAUUUAGUCGUCCAUGA